AUGUCUACUGAUCCUUUCGCUUUCACCAAUAAAAUCGCCCUCAUAUCCGGCGGAGGCUCUGGCAUCGGUGCAUACGUCACCCAGGGCCUCGCUGCCGCGGGUAACGGCACGAACCGUAUCUACAUCGUUGGUCGGCGCGUCGCGGCGCUCGCCUCUACUGCGUCCUCUUCGACGUACGCGUCAUCCAUCAUCCCGCUGCCAGGCGAUGUAGGCACCAUCGCGGGAUGUAGGAAGAUCGCGGUGGGCUUUGUCGAGGCGGAGAAGAGAGCAGGAAUCGCGGAAGAUGAGAUUCAGCUGGACCUGCUCGUGAAUAACGCGGGGAUUGCCAGACGAGAGGGACACGCGUCGCCCGAGGCUACCGUGAACGAGUUGGCAGAGAGCCUAUUGAAGGCGAGCGACGACGACUGGCGAGACGAAAUGGCUGUGAACGUCGGGUCCAUCCAGUGGCUAUCCGCAUGCUUGCUCCCGUACCUCGUGCGCGCGGCGAGCUCCGGGAAGCGCGACGGGCGUAGGAGCAUCGUCGUCAACACCUCCGUCUCCGCUUUCCAGCCUUCACAGUCGAUCCACCUCUACUGCGCGUCCAAGGCGGGCGCGCACAGCGUCGCGCAGAGCCUCGCCCGCGAACGCAUGCCGGUGGGCAGGAUCGGCGAGCCGGAGGACGUGGUAGCCGCGGUGGUGUAUUUAGCGAGUCGGUCGGGGAGCUAUGUCUCGGGGGCCGUCAUUGGGGUGAGUGCGUCCUAG